AUGAUGCUCCGGUUCACCAGGAACACGAAAAUUAAUGCUGAAAAUAAGGUCAAGGUCACCAUGGCAGGCGCAAAGUGUGUGCUUGUGCCGACUGCAGCAGCUUCUAAACCCGGGCUGAGACCAAGAACUGCUCUUGGAGAUAUUGGUAAUAAAAACAGUGAACAGCUACAGGCCAGAGUGCCUCUGAAGAAGGAAGUAAAAGCUUCAGCUACUGGAAAAGUUGCUAAAAAGCUACCAAAACCUGGUAAAGGCCCCUGUGAGUAGCCAGAGCCAGAGCCAGAGCCAGAGCCUGAACCUGAACCUGAACCUGAACCUGAGCCUGUAAAGGAAGAAAAACUUUCACCUGAACCUAUUUUGGUUGAUACUCCCUCUCCAAGCCCAAUGGAAACAUCUGGAUGUGCCCCUGCCAAAGAAUAUUUGUGUCAGGCUUUCUCUGAUGUAAUACUUGCAGUGAAUGAUGUGGAUGCAGAAGAUGGAGCUGAUCCAAAUCUUUGUAGUGAAUAUGUGAAAGAUAUUUAUGCUUAUCUGAGACAACUUGAGGAAGAACAGUCUGUCUGACCAAAAUACCUGCUAGGUCGGGAAGUCACUGCAAACAUGAGAGCCAUCCUAAUUGACUGGCUAGUGCAAGUUCAAAUGAAAUUCCAGUUGCUACAAGAGACUAUGUACAUGACUGUUUCUGUUAUUGAUAGGUUCAUGCAGAAUAAUUGUGUGCCCAAGAAAAUGCUGCAGCUGGUUGGUGUCACUGCCGUGUUUAUUGCAAGCAAAUAUGAAGAAAUGUAUCCUCCAGAAAUUGGUGACUUUGCUUUUGUAACUAACAAUACUUACACUAAGCACCAAACCAGACAGAUGGAAAUGAAGAUUCUAAGAGCUUUGAAUUUUAGUCUGGGCCGCCCUCUACCCCUGCACUUCCUUCGCAGAGUCAAAUUUGGAGAGGUUGAUGUUGAGCAGCAUACAUUGGCCAAAUACCUGAUGGAACUGACUAUGAUGGAUUAUGAAAUGGUGCACAUUCCUCCUUCUCAAAUUGCAGCAGGAGCUUUUUGCUUAGCACUGAAAAUUCUUGAUAAUGGUGAAUGGACACCAACUCUACAGCAUUACCUGUCUUAUACUGAGGAAUCUCUUCUUCCUGUUAUGCAGCACCUGGCUAAGAAUGUAGUCAUGGUGAAUCGGGGGCUUACAAAGCACAUGACUAUCAAGAACAAGUAAGCUACAUCUAGGCAUGCUAACAUCAGCAUUCUACCACAGCUGAAUUCUGCACUAGUUCAAGACUUAGCCAAUGCUGUGACAAAGGUGUAA